AUGGCGGCCGUACGGAGCGCGGUGGCGGCGGGUCUGCUGCUGCUGCUCCUAGCCACCAUCGGCGAUGCAACAUCACCGGCCCUCGUCGAGGCAGAGAAUACCAACGACAGCGACUUGGUGUUCGAGGACGACGGAUCAACAGCCAAGGCCGCUUUAGAACUCGCGAAACCGCUUCUACUGGAUGACACAGACCGCGAGCGAGGUCAGCCGCUAGUAUCGGCAGUCGGUACAGACUUCGAGGACUCCGCCGAACCGUGGGGCGACAAAGUGUUUGCUCGUGUCAUUGACGACGACGUCAAUGAUGAGGACGAAUUCGACGACGACAGCGAAGGUGAUGGCGAGGAAGCGGAGGAGGAGGAGGAGGACGAAUCGGCCAACGAUGUCGCGCUGCCGGCCAACGACGGGGAAGAAGGGCAGGGCUGGCUGAUGCGCAGCAUGAAGCGUAUCAAGCGAAGCCUCGAUAGUCUGUUCACCGAACCCGCGCCGCCGGAGGAGCAUCCAGAAAAGAAGGGCAAGAAAAAGGCUUCCCAGAAGCCUCGCAAGCCGAAGGACAAGAAGAAGAAGAAAGAGCAGCACCAGCAGGAGCGACGAUUGACGGGCGAACAUCGGGAAGUUGAUCAGCCAACGCUGACCCCCGGUCGAACCGGCAAUCUUCCGGUGGCGACACCGAACGCGAUUCCAACGUACGCGAGCGGCAAAUCGAACCGGAUGGGUGUGAACCGUCCAAAGAGGCAGCACACCCAGGAUGGCCUGGAAGAUAUCGAAGGUUCCGGCGGUUAUUCCGGCGAUGGACCCGACGACCAGCUAGACCGGUCAGAUGCCACCUAUAAAAUGAACAUCUCAUUCGCCCAGCCGUACAAUCAAAUUAAGUCUGACUUCACCAAAUUCGCGGAGGUGCAGCAACUGAUCAAGCAACUGGUUGACAAUGCGCUGUUAGUCAAUUCCGGCGUGCUCCUGGACGAUUUAGUAGCCUACCCCGGGAACGAGGAGCUGACCCUCGUCAAAGCAGAGUUGACAGAAGUCCCCAAAGAGUUUCCUGUUGACUAUAUAAAGGCACAGCUCCGGAAGCGACUCCAGGAGGGCGGUACUUUGCUGAGACCCGAUGGCCUGGAGCUGAAGCUGGACGACGGGAUUCUUGACCCACUCGAUGAGGACCGGGACGACGAUUACGCCACUGACAACGAACUGGGCAAUAGUGCCGAAACUGUAACCAAUCGAGGACCACCAAAGCCGCCAUUGCAAGAACCACCACGGACGCCGGUCCACGAACCAGCGCGGACGCCUGAGCAAGAUCGAUCUGGCGAAACUACGGAUUUAUGUCGCGGGGAUGACAAGAUUCCGUGCGGCAAAACGUCGGUUUUCAUUUGCGAGGUACAACGGUGCGAUGGCACGAGCGACUGUCCCAACGGCGAAGACGAGACGGCGGAGGCGUGCGGUAGGUUGGUGUGUGGACCUCAUCAGUUCAAGUGCGAUUCGAAGUGCAUAAGCUUGACUCAGAAAUGUGAUCGUGUGCUGGACUGUACCGAUGGGACGGACGAAGAGGGUUGCCCAGUGGGUGAAUGUGGUGAGGCGGAGUUCAUGUGCCGCGAUGGCACCUGCAUUGACAGGGAUCGACAGUGCGACAAUAUACCCGACUGUCGGGACGGCGAUGACGAAUAUGAUUGCGAACCUGACUGCGAUCCGGUGUUGGAGUUCCUUUGCGAAGCGGACAACACUUGCAUUCCUCGCGAAAACGUUUGCGAUGGCUCGUCACAGUGCAACGACGGGGCCGACGAACGCGACUGCUCAGAACGAAACUGCACGGUCCACCAGUUCAAGUGCCGGCUGGACAAUCGGUGCAUUCCGCUAACGAAGCGGUGUGACCGACAUUACGACUGUAACGAUUACAGUGAUGAGAAAAACUGCGGAUGCUUGGCCAAUGAAUUCACUUGCGACAACGGCCAGUGUAUUCCACUCCAGAGACGGUGCGACAACCGAGUCGACUGUAGCGAUCAAAGCGAUGAGAGAAACUGCGAUGUUUGCUCGGAGAACCAGUUCACUUGUGGCAACGGGCGGUGUAUUCCGUUGGACGAGGUCUGCAACACCUACAACGACUGUGGCGAUAACACGGACGAAGCGGCGGACAGAUGUGAAGAAUUUGACGGCACGUGCCAGCCAGAUCAGUUCACCUGUUACGAUGGUGAUUGCGUUUCGAUGCUGGUUCGUUGCGAUGGUCGCCGCGAUUGUCGUGAUGGUACUGAUGAGGAUGACUGUCCUGGUAAGUGUCAAACGUUUCAACGUGUUAGAUGUGGCGUGAACCAAUUCGAAUGUGAUGACGGCAUUUGCAUUGCGAGUUACAAGAAGUGCAACGGUAUCGUCGACUGCCACGAUGAAUCUGACGAACUUGACUGCCCGGACUCCACAGACUGUAGCUCAAACGAGUACUCGUGCGAUGGCCAGUGCCACGAGAUGAAAGUGUUUUGCAAUGGCAUCGCCGAAUGUGAGGAUGGUUCUGACGAGGCGGUUUGCAUUACCUGCCAAGGUGAUGCCUUUCAUUGCAACAACAACAAAUGCAUACUUCCGGAGUACCGUUGCGACGGCCAGCUGCACUGUAGUGACGCUAGUGACGAACAUGGAUGUAACCCAACCGAAAACUGUCGAUCGGACGAGUUCCGAUGCAAAAAUGGUGUCUGCAUAAACCUUGAGUUUCGCUGCGACAAAACGCCCCAGGACUGUUUGGACAACUCGGACGAGGAAAACUGUCCCCCGGACGAAGUACUUCCGACAGAAAACUGCCGAGCGGACGAAUUCUUCUGCGACGGUCGGUGCAUCGCUCUUGAUAGGCAAUGUGACGGUCGUCGGGACUGCAACGAUGGUAUGGACGAGUAUGAUUGUCCACCGCCACCGCCGAUUGCUCGAUGUGAAGAGCACCAAUGUCCAGAUGGAUCAUGCUUCCGGAAUUCGCAGCGUUGCGACGGUAGACGCGACUGUCCCGAUGGAUACGACGAGGCAGGAUGUCCCUGCCGAUCGGAUGAAUUCACCUGCGGUGAUGGUCGGUGCAUCUCAAGGGCGCAGCUGUGCGACAGACGUUCCGAUUGCAGUGAUGGAUCGGAUGAACGAAACUGUUCUUGUGCUCGAGGUGAAUUCCGCUGCGGAACUGGGCAGUGCAUUGAACAAUCACGCUUCUGCGAUCAGCGCAUCGAUUGCUCGGACGGAUCGGACGAAAGAGAUUGCACCGAAUGUAGGCCGGGUGAAUGGCAGUGCCGGAAUGGCAACUGCAUUCGAGCAACACAGCGUUGCGACGGUCGGUACGAUUGCCCGGAAGCCGAAGACGAAGUCGGUUGUGACUGCGACCGGAACGAAUUCCGAUGUGAAAAUGGCCCUUGCAUUCCCAUGGCGUUGAGGUGCAACCGACAGGUUGAUUGUCCGUAUGAUACGAGCGAUGAGCUCGAUUGUGUGGAAAAAUUUCAAAAAGCCGAACCACCAAGUGGCCUGACAGGAUUGAACCUGAAAACCUACCCCAACCAGCAGUCGAUCAAAGAGAUUUCAAUUGUGGAGGGCAACGAAGUGGUCUUCCAGUGCCGUGACGAAGGUCCAAUGCACGCUAAGGUGAAGUGGGUCCGCGCCAACGGUCUGCCAAUGCCACAGGGAACACGCGACUUGAAUGGUCGUCUGGAGAUCCCCAUGAUUCGCGUCGACCAUAGUGGAGAGUACAUUUGCGAAGCCGUUGGAUACCCAUCCUCGACGCCCGGAAGCAGCAAAACAGUUUCGCUCACCGUCGAACGAUACUCCUACCAACGACCACCGACAGUGUGUGCGAUGAAUGAAGCAACUUGUAUGAGCGGACAGUGCAUCGCGAAGACGAUGAUCUGCGACGGCAAGCGUGACUGCAGCGAUGGCUCAGAUGAGACGAGUUGCGGAACGCAGCAGUGCGAACCGAACCAGUUCCGGUGCAACAACCGCAAGUGCGUCCUGAAGACGUGGCUCUGCGAUGGCGAGCAGGAUUGCGGUGACGGUUCGGACGAGGAGAACUGCCCCACGCAGUCCCCGGAUGCACCAUGCAGGCACGACGAGUACCAGUGCCGUUCGGGCCAGUGUAUCCCGAAAUCGUUCCAAUGUGACACGCAUCCUGACUGUCUUGAUCAGUCGGACGAGAUCGGUUGUAUGGCCCCAGCUGUCAUCCAACCACCACCACCAACACAAACGAUCGUGGCAGGCGGUGUCCUGAACAUAACUUGCCGCGCGACUGGCAUCCCGGUGCCGCUGAUCGUGUGGCGUCUUAACUGGGGUCACGUACCGUCCAAGUGUGUGUCCCAGAGCGACCAGGGCUUUGGACGACUAACCUGCACGGACAUGCAGCCGAUCGAUUCGGGUGCGUACUCGUGUGAAAUCAUCAACUCGAUGGGUACCCACUUUGUUUCACCCGACACGAUCGUUAUCGUGACCGGAGGAGGCCACGUCUGUCAGCAAGGCUACUUCAACAACAAGGCGCGCAACCCGGCCGACUGUAUCAACUGUUUCUGCUUCGGCGUUUCCACAACUUGCAACAGUGCCGACCUGUACACGUACUCGUUGAGACCUCCCGUCUCCUCGCUGACCGUUGUCGGCGUUGAAGGUCCCUGGACUGGCCUUCGUGACCUGUUGGUCGGCGAGUUCGAGAACCACAACCUGACGGCUCAGCGGCAUGGUGUGCAACUGCGCCUGACCAACUUGGUCCCAGGACGCCGGGUACCGUACUACUCACUCCCGGAGGAAUACAAGGGCAAUCAGCUGAAGUCGUACGGAGGUUCUAUUCGAUAUGACGUUGAAUACGACGGCAAUGGACGGCCCAUCAAUGCCCCCGAUGUGAUCCUCAAGGGCAAUGGAGUCACACUUUAUUACUGGCACAAUGUAUCGUUCUACCCGGACAUCCGGAACAACGUGACGGUGAGUCUAGUACCAGGCAGAUGGCUUCGUGCGGACCGUUCUCAGGCUACUCGUGAAGACAUCAUGAUGCUGCUGGCCAACAUCGAGAGCAUCCUUAUCCGCAUGCAGUAUGUCGACGGUGUCGAGCGCAAUAUCGAGCUCGUCAACAUCAUGAUGGACUCGGCUGCGACGAACGACCGAGGUCUGGGUUCGGCUUCACUCGUCGAGGAAUGUCGCUGCCCGCCCGGCUACCGAGGUCUGUCAUGCGAAAGCUGUGACUAUAACUUCGUGCGUCAAACCGACAGCGGACCCUGGCUUGGUCGGUGCGUCCCACGCAUUGAAGAGUGUCGACCCGGAUACUAUGGCGAUCCCAACCGCGGCAUACCAUGUCGGCAAUGCCCCUGUCCGGUUGUGGGCGAUAAGUCACGUGCCCGUUCUUGUCAUCUGGACGAUCGGGACAACGUUGUGUGCCGUUGUGACCGUGGCUACGCUGGUGAGCGAUGCAUGGAGUGUGCCGAAGGCUACGUUGGUAACCCACUCGGUGACGGAUGCUUCCCGCGGCCCCCUUCGAACUGCAACACCUAUGGAUCGGAACGGAUCGAUGCGGACGGACGGUGUUACUGCAAGGAAGGUGUCGAGGGCACGUACUGUGACCGUUGCUCUGCCAGUCAUUUCUACCUCCAUGAUAAGGGUUGUGUCGGAUGUUUCUGCAUGGGCGUAACGGAACAGUGCAGCAGUACCACGUGGACCCGUGACACCAUCCAGGCUUCGUUCGCCGAUGGUCGGUCUGGCUUCUCGCUCAUUUCGGACUACACCAAUCCGUCGGUUGUGGCAAACAGUCUCCCAGUGUCGAACAAAGAAAUCGUGUACCGUAACUUCGGUGUGAGCGAUGAUACGUUCUACUGGCGUCUACCGACUCAAUUCCUUGGAAACAAACUGACAUCGUACGGUGGUCUGCUGAAUUACACCUUGCGCUAUACACCUCAUUCUUCAGGUGGUGUAUCACGCAACACAUCACCGGACGUUGUACUGCACAGUGGCAACAAAAUUAAGCUGCACCACUACCGAACAAGUGCCAUCUCACCGAUCGGCUCGAGUACAAAUGCCGUGCCGAUACUGGAAGACUAUUGGCAGAACUACGAGGAUGGUAAUGCGGCUAGCCGAGAGUACCUCCUGAUGGCACUAGCAAACGUUAGUGAUAUCUUCAUCAAGGCGACGUACAACACGGUCUCGAACGAGGCAGCUCUAUCAUACGUUAGUCUCGACAUUGCUCGAGGAGAUCGUCCUAGAGCCACCGGUGCUCGUGCUUGGCCCGUCGAACACUGCCAAUGUCCGCAAGGACAUAUCGGACUGUCAUGUGAAGAUUGCGCGCCUGGCUACUUCAAGGGUGAAUCGGGACUCUACCUUGGUCUGUGCGAGCCGUGCCAGUGUAAUGGCCACUCGGAGGAGUGCGACCCACUCACGGGCGCCUGUUUGAACUGCCGCGAUAAUACGUACGGUACAAGCUGCGAGCUGUGCCGUCCGCCGUACGUCGGUAACGCGACUGGCGGAACCCCGUACGAUUGCACGCCCGGUAGACCGGAACCUUCUUACGACUGUGGGGAGUGUGAUGUGCGCGGUUUCACCGGUCGUUGCCAGCGUGGAUGCGAAUGCAAACAGCUGGUUGAGGGUUCCCGUUGCGAUCAGUGCCGUGAGGGUUCGUUCGGAUUGAGCCAGCGGCACGACACGGGCUGUUUGGCAUGCUUCUGCUCCGGCGUGACGAAAUCAUGCGGCAGCUCAAACCUCUACCGCGAAGAGUUGCCGUUGUUGGUCGAUCCGUUCGACAAUACGAUCACCUUGGCCGACCGCAAUGGAUCGGUGCGGGUAAGCGGUAAUGUGUUCGACAUUCAACCGAGCAUCAACGAGAUCAGCUAUCGGUUCAACAAUGGCGAAACGUACUACUGGAGCCUUCCCUCGAUGGUGCUCGGUAACCAGAUCUUGUCUUACGGCGCUAACCUGACCGUCACGCAGCACGUCGACGGUGGUCGCCCGGUGCAGGAUCAGGACAUCAUUCUCAGUGGUAAUGGCAUGAAGCUGGCGUGGAGUAGGGACCGCUACGAAGAUGGAACCUUCAGUGUACCGCUGUUCGAGCGCGAGUGGACUGUGGUCAACUAUCGGUCAUCUUAUCCAGCCUCACGUAACGAUAUGCUUACCGUGCUGUCCAACCUUGAUCACAUCCUGAUCCGUGCAACAACGAAAGAUUCGACGCGGCUUUCGCGACUUAGCGAUAUCAUUCUAGGAACCGCUGUGCCCACGCGCACGUACUACGGCAUCGCCGAAGAGGUUGAAAUGUGCCGCUGCCCACCGGGAUACCGAGGCAGCAGCUGCGAGCAAUGCGAGGAUCGCUACUACCGUGACAUCUACGACCGUAGGGCGGGUAUGCAGGGUGUCUGCAAACCGUGCCCUUGCAAUAAUGCUGACUCUUGCUACAUGACCGGCCAAGGCAAUGUUGUGUGCGACUGCCGGGAGGGAUUCAGUGGCGAUAAUUGCGACAACCGUAAACCUCGCCCUCCAGCAUACGUUCGGAAGCCUACCAGAAUUAACUGCACAAGUGACACGUUUGUUCACACGAACCGGAACCAUGGAUACGACCAGUUUCACAAGUGUGAUGACACGGGCGUCGAAAUUGGUCUGAUUUCCAAAAACAAGCGAUCGUACGACGAAGAAUUUGAACCUUCACCACCGGUGACACCAGGAAACCCCGUGAUUGAGGUAGUCAUCGACGCACCCUCCAUCAAAAUUGUCGAAAUUGGCCAAGAGUUCCGGGCUCCGUGCCGUGCCCACCAUCUUGUGACGCAGAGCCCUAUCGAGGUACAGUGGACAAGAAAGGUUGGACGUAUGCCGGAUCGUGCGUACACCGACCGAGGUACAUUGGUGAUCACGAACAUCCAGAUCACCGACAGUGGUUCGUACGUGUGCAGAGCCGGCAGCGGCCCCGAAGUGGUGUACAAGGAAGUCGUCAUCAACGUAAGCGAGCAAGAACCAGUUCGUCCGACUGUGGAUAUCUCGGAAAAGUUCAUCGACAGAGACGAGUAUCAAAUGGCGGAGGUGCGUUGCGUGGCCACCGGCUAUCCCACACCGAGUAUUCGCUGGGAGCGCAUCGAUCAACUGCUGCCGUACAAUAUUGUCAACGAGUACGGCAUGCUACGAUUUAACUCACUUCGUCAGAACGAUGCCGGCACGUACCGGUGCGUAGCUCGUAACGAUGUCGGGGAGGUGGAUGCACUACUGACCGUUUACGUACGCCCAGCUGACGGGGGUCUCCCGCCCGAUGGUGGCUCGCAGGAGGUGGAACGCGUCGAGAUCAUGCCGAACAGUUUCGACGGACAACCGGGUCAACAAAUUCGGCUGGUAUGUCACUGCUCACCGGCCGCACGUGUCACCUGGAGCAAGCUGGGUGAGUCUCGUCUGCCGGACAAUGCGAACGUGCGCAACGAGAUACUCAUCAUUGAGCAUGCGGCGCAAGAGAACACCGGCCGGUACACUUGUACCGCAAGCUUCCCGAACGGACGCAUUAGGACGUCCACCGUCGAUGUGGUUAUUGCCCCCGACACCGACAUGCCGCCGCCAUCAAACAGGAUUGCACCGCGUGUAGUACCCCUGCAAAACAACUACGUCGUGCAGCAGGGUAUGGACUUUACACUACCGUGUGAUGCCACCGGUCUACCGUCUCCGAGCAUCCAGUGGACGACGACUGGAAGCCAGGCGGGUAAUGUGCAGUUGAGCGGUAGCGUGCUCCGUAUCUUCAAUGCACAACCAUCCAACGGUGGCGUGUAUGUGUGCGUGGCCACGAACGAGGAGGGAAUUGAUCGAGCAUACACUGUCGUGGAGAUUGAUCGACGUGAGAAACCUGUCCUUCAGAUUCAUCCCAAUGAACCUCAAACGAUCAAGGUAGGGGAGUCAGUCCGUUUGACGUGCCGUGCGUCGUCCGGUGUGCCAUAUCCGAAGAUCACUUGGUCUCGCAAGGAUCGGCUACCCAUAUCAUCACGAUUUGUCAACGAUGCUGAAGGAGUUAUCACACUGCACGGGGCUACGCUUGAAGACGCCGGUGAAUAUGAGUGCCGGGGAGAAAAUGUGGCGGGUGCGUCCACCAUUGCCACUUCCAUCGAAGUCCUGCUACCACCGAUCAUCACACUCCAGCCGAAUGAAUACCACAAGAUCACUGAGAACGACGAUUUCGUUAUAACCUGCUCGGCCACGGGUAAACCGGCGCCAACAGUGACCCUGCUGCCGCCACAAGGUGCUGCCCGCUCCAUUUACCGACAACAGACUAGUGGCCUUAGGGAGGUGACACUUCAGCUGAGCAAAGCUGAAUUGGAUGAUGCCGGCACGUACGAGUGCAAGGCGAAGAACAGUGCAGGCGAGGAUGCACAGUAUCUGACGCUGCAGGUUGACCAAAAGCGGGGCGAUGUACAAGGAAAUGCGGAUGAUGGCUAUGAUAACGAAACACCGCCUCGUCCAACGACACCCCGACCCAGACCUCCGUUUCCACCGUCCCAGGGACAACCGGCGACUCACACCUACAAGGCAAUCCUCGGCGAACAAUCGAAGCUGAUGUGCAACGAGCAGUAUCUGAGCGCCCCGACCUACUGGCAGCGGCGUGGAGGACGUCCACUUCCUAUGGGUUCAAUCGUUCAGGGUGGUAACCUGACCAUUGAGAACACCGGAUACGACGCGGAAGGUGAAUAUGACUGCGUCACGUACUCCGGUAAUUCCCAACCGUUCACGAUCGUUCGCAUCAUGGUGGAGGUUGUUGCUCCACCGAAGAUCAGCUUCAGUCCGACGAUGCCAAUGACGGUCCGUCCAGGUGAUCAGGUGACCAUCUUCUGUAACAUCACCGGUGACCAACCGAUCGACUUCAAGUGGCACGCUGAGGAAGGCUACAGUUUACCGCACACGGUGCGCGUUCACGGUAACUACCUGCAAUUCCAGAGUAUCGCACCGGAGGACGCCGGGCGGUACUACUGUUCCGCAUGGAACCACCAUGGUAACACGACCAAAGUCGCCGAAGUUCUUGUCAAUGAACAAGAUCUGAUUCCUGGAUCGCCUGAUAGAAAGCGGUAUCACACUAUCGAUCAGGGAUCGAACGUCUCGCUCGAAUGUAAGCUUCCUCGAGGAUCCCCGUACGUCAACGUGCACUACAAUUGGAGCCGGUUAGGACUUCCGCUUCCGAACAGGGCGAUAGUGGACGGCAAGUACCUAGUGCUGAAAAACGUCCAACCUUACGACGAGGGCACCUACGAGUGUCAGAUGCGGUACCCGGAUGGCAGGGUGGUUUACGACUCUGUACAAGUUCACAUCAAGGGGAUGCCGGGGCCCUCCCAUUGGCCGGCCACCGAAUGCACGAUCACGGAAUACGCGUGUCCGAUUACGGUGCUGGUCGUGUCCCAGUGUGUUCCGCCCAUAAUGCUGUGCAAUGGCAGACGCAUCUACUGCUGGGAUCUGACCGAGUGCCCGAUGAUGGCGUCCGGCACGGUGCACAGCCCAGCACCGCGGCCGGCUUCUUCGGUUCGAGGUCGUGGAUCGAGGGGACGUGGACGCGCGCGCAGCACCACCACCACCACCACCACCACCGCACGUCGCGACUGGCGUUAUCCGGAUAAAAAUGAGCCAUAUGGUGAUGAUGGUGAUGAAGAUGAUUAUGUUCCGCCCGGCGAUGUCGACCGGCGGAAGCGUAAACCAACGCCUGACUUCGCUCCGGAAUCUCUGCCCAUCCUGCAGCUGGUCCCGUCGCGCUCAUUCGUGAAACCGGGUGAAUCGCUCGUGGUUGACUGUAGCUCAUCGGCCGGAACGAGCGUACCGAUCCGCUGGGAGAAGGCUGACGGAAAGUCCUUGCCGAACAACAUUCGUCAAGAAGGCAAUCGAUUGUACAUUCAGAAUGCUCGUGAGGAUGACACUGGCAAGUACACAUGCAUCUGCUACACCGAGGAUGGACUGCGGUACAUUUCCGACUUCCACCUCGAGGUAGAGGAGAACACCAUCCCGGAUGUCCCACAAAGCACCUCACGUGUCGAACAUGCCGAUCGGGGACAAACGGUACGCUUGAAGUGCAACACCGAUCAACAGCCAACGUCAUUCCACUGGACACGCCCUGACGGAAGCCUUCCCAGCGACGUUGACACCAGAAGUUCCAUCCUAACGCUCACGAACGUCCAAGCUUCGGAUGCCGGAACGUACAUCUGCUCGGCUAAACACGGAGGCCAAACGGUGAACGCGCUAACCACGCUCGUGGUGAACAACGUCAUUCCAUUCUUCCCGCAGUCACCGAAGAGCUACAUCGAGUACAAGUCGUUUGAUAACGUGUACUCCAAGUUCUACUUCGAGGUUUCGUUCAAGCCGGACAAACUGAACGGUCUUAUCCUGUACACCUCCCAGCGUCGCCCAAGCCAGGACUAUAUCGCGCUCUCUCUGCGUAACGGAUACCCUCAGUUCCGGUUCAGCUUCGAUGGCCAGCAGGUGAUGUUGCAGCCGGAGAAACCGGUACGCCUCGGCGAGUGGCACACGGUCAAGGUGAACCGAGUGCGCAACAACGGCUUCCUGAUCGUCGACGAUCAGACACCGGUCAAUUUCCCCGAGAAACUCAAGUUCUACGGACUUAGCCUGGACGAUCACCUGUUCCUUGGAGGAGUACCGAGCUUCGACUACGUGCCGUCGUCAGCUGUGGAGUCACGCGAAGGCUUCGUCGGUUGCAUCAGCCGGUUGAAGUUGCAUGACCGUGAGGUGAACCUUUAUGGGGAUGCCUUAUCGACGGUCGGCAUCACGGUCUGUGAACCGUGCGCCGAAGAUCCUUGCAACAACGCCGGUACCUGCAUGGAGGCACAGUCCGCACAAGGUUACAAGUGUAUGUGCCGCGAGGGCUUCACGGGUCAAAACUGCCAGAAUGCGGGAGUCGGUUGCACGGCGACGACAUGCGGAGUUGGUCGAUGUGAAGACACGGACCGAGGACCAGAGUGUUACUGCCCGGUACACAAGUCCGGCCCGAACUGUCAGUACACCGAACACUAUACGGACGCAACGCUGGCCUUCAAGGAUGGCAGCUAUGCGGCCUACGAUAAGUUCCAAUCGAGACGUAGCAUCCGCUUCCGCUUCAAGGCGGACUCGUUGGAGAACGGCGUAAUGUUCUAUGCAGCAGAACACGAGCAGGCGUACGGCGACUUUAUGGCAGUAGUCCUAAACAAUGGCGUCGUUGAACUGCGUUACAGUGUAGCCGGAAAAAUGAAACCGCUAGUCUUGCGUUCGAGUGUUCCGGUCGAGGUUGGCAAAUGGCAUGUAGUGUCUGCUGGGCGUUCGAAGGCCGGUAUCGGGUACCUUCAAGUGGACGAUGAAAACGUCAUCAACGAAAUGGCCGACCGAAACAAACCGAUCCAACUGAAUACGAAUAUUUACGCCGGUGGUUACGACAAGCGGCUAUUGCUUAGUCAAGAGAUUGGAGUUCGCCGUGGAUUCGAGGGCUGCAUAGGAGAGCUUGAGACAUCCGGUAACAAGGUGAACAUGAUCGAGGACAUUCGCGAAUCGGCCAACGUGUACGACUGCGGCCACGAGAAAGCGGUUACGCCGGGUAUCGAUACAAGGCCGAACGCGUGUCCACCAGGACGCGAUGGUCCCGGAUGCUCAACCGUAACCGACAUCUGCCUCGAUCAGCGGCCGUGCGAGAACGGGGCUCUCUGUCAGACGCACUCAGAUGGUCAGAACUAUACCUGCACAUGCCCUCAAGGCUACCUCGGCCUGCGAUGCGAGAACGUCUACAAGUCGCUUGUGGCGUCCCGUUUCCGAGGCAACGGCUUCAUUGAGGUCGACCCGAGCGUGAUCACAAAGAACGAAUACCAGCGAACUACCGAGAUCGCCAUCAUGUUCAGUACUUCUGAACAGAAUGGACUGAUCCUUUGGUAUGGCCAGCGAAACGGUGAGAAGUUCUCCGACAACGACUUCAUCGCGCUGGCGGUUCAGGGCGGAUUCGUCGAGCUGACGAUCCGCAUGAACGGCGAAGAGUCGUACGUCCGCAACAACGACGUCUAUGUGGCCGAUGGCGAACGACACGUGGCGCUGAUUCGUCGCGAACGCAACCAAUUCCACCUGCAGGUCGAUUCGCUUACGGUGCACGGUGAAACACGUCCGACCCAACAGGAAACCAUGUACAUCCCUGGCAGCAUUUACAUUGGAGGAGUACCCGACAUUGAAGGAUUCACCGGUAAUCGCUACAAUGAUAGCUUCAACGGAUGCGUCUUCAGUGUGGAAAACUCGGAACAGAACAAGGCGAUCGAGCUCCGUGAACACGCCAUCCGCACGGUGAACGUCGACGAAUGUGACGAACCCGAUCUAGGAACGGAACCACCCGUCGUCUAAAGCCGGCUGGAUGAAAACGUGAAAGUACGAACCGUAUGCUUCCACUCGCAAGGAACGGUUUGGCUUGCAUAGGAGCGACAAAUAUAUUAAGUGUAAAGUGUGUGCGUCCCAAUGCAGAAAAUAUGCAAUCGAAACCGAAACUAAUAAGCAAGAAACACGUAAAACAUAAACAUUAAAAAGUGAACCGUAUACUAAGGGAGGAAAUGACGAAACUAGAAAACACGUACAGUGACGAACAACGAAUGUGCCAAAUAAUUGUAGUAUUUAUGUAAAAAACGAACAUCCACACAACCACAGAUACAGCUCCCACUUUUAUACGGCAAGACUUCAAUCUGGCAUAAACGGAUUACGUUCUUUCGGAUUACCAACGAUACAUUUUCGAAUCCCGUUCAACGCACGAUACCAUUUUCCUUUGCCGUUUGACGAAUCUAUAGAUUUCUUUUGACGCAACAUUAACACUUAUAACCAAAAGAGCAAAUAUUUUACCAUACUUUACACUUGUUAAAGUUGCCAGUUUUUUUGUUUCAAAUGAAUUCCAAUCUUCGCUCUACUAAAUUGUGUUUUAUUCGUAAAUUUGUGACAAUGAAAAGCGGUGACUUUUUAAUUUUACACAUCUUUCGAUGAAAGCACCCAGCGUCAUCUCGUUAAUGAAUGUGUUCAUUUUUUAGAAUCAAAUUCUGUACUAAAGUCAACGACAUUAAGAACAACAUGUGCUCACGCGCAAGUCUUUUGGGAGUAAAAACCGAGAAAGCAUGGUUUGGUGUAAUCUCGAAAAGAAAAUUCACACUAUGUUAACUUAGUUCGUAAACGUGCCACUUUGAUGGUGCGUUCAAGUGUUUCGUUUCUAACAAACUGCCCGCAAUUAUAGUCUUCAAACUUAUGCUAAGUGCUACCUUACUUUAGGAGAGAUGAAAUCAAACAGUGAGGGAAGUGUAAUCCACGUGUCACGUACAUUGAGCGAAUCGGUGCGCUACGUGAGCGACGAAUAGUAAAAUAGUGCACUGGUUGGUCACUCAUUUAAUUUCCUAUCAAUUACGACAAUAAAACAAAUAGUCAAUGUAAGCUUUGGGGUAGUUGUUUCAUUCUGAGGUUAAGUAAUAAAAUUGAGAAAAUAUCUGGCGAAAUUUAACGAAUGAUGUAGCUUUUGUAUCAAAGCAAACACGUCAACUGGAAUUAUCAACAAUGAAACUAAAACACAAAAUAACGCAUAAGAAGCGAACAAUUAGACUAGUUUUAGUAGCAGAUUAGAUUUGCCGAACUCGGCAAAUACGUACCGAUGUGUUAACAUAGGCGAAAUAUGUUGUCCUGUUCAGCGCAGCAGGGUCUUAUAAGAAAAAAAAAAUCAUCC